GGUUGAGCCAGGAGGGAAGGGGUGUGCCAUUAUAAGGAGCCUCAGAGGAGGCAUGCGAUCAGUUGGUGAAACCUUUACCUAAGGAUACAAGCGAAGCCGCCGUGACUCUCUACGCGAGGAGGACUCUCAGAGAAGAUCCAGACGUCACAGAUACAGGCUGGACACAGAUUCCAUUGGCUUGAUCUCCCCGGACUCUGCCCCCGCUGAACUCUGACCUCCCUCCUCUACUCGCCGGGCUCCUGUUCGUCCCCGCUCGACCGGGUGUGAGCUGAGCGAUGAAGAUCCCUCUGUGGUGCCUGGUGGUGCUGCUGGCGUGUCUCUUCAGCCCUGGGGGCGCUGACUGCCAGGGGGAGUGCAUGGCUUGUGGUCUGCUCCUGCAGCAGCGGCGACAACUGCAGCAAAGCUUCAACACCAUGGUGUGUCUGUUGGAGUGCGAGGGUCACGUCUCCUCCUCGCUCGCGUGGGAGCUGUGUAAACGCGCCGUCAAACUCUCGCACCGCCCCGGGUCCCCAGAGGGCGGCGCUCUGUUCAAGAGAACGGGAGGAGAGCUGGAGCUGACCCCUCUUGACCUCAACGCCGCCAGUGAACUGUCACAGUCCGCGGCCGCCGGGCGUUUCCAGCAGGGGGAUGAGGAUGCGCCGCCCUUUGAGCCGCGCAGCAUCCAGUAUGACUCAUCACUGCCGGAGACCUCUGAGGAAGGGGAGGGCCUGCGGGGCCCGGACCCCGGUCUGGUGGAUGAAGAGAGGAAGCCCAGGCAGGAGGGGAGCAUGGCGAGCGACGAGGCCGGCAGUUCAGAGGCCGUCGCCCUGUCCAAACGCUUUGGGGGCUUUCAGAGGGGGCGCCACGCGUACAGGAAGCUCAUCAGCUCGCCCACGAGGCCCCUCCAGAAGCGCUACGGCGGCUUCAUAGGCGUCAGGAAGUCCGCCCGCAAAUGGAACAGUCAGAAACGCAUGAACCAGCUGCUGAAGCAGUACCUGAGCAUGAGGAGCAGCCGCAGCGGCAGGUUCACCAGCGUCCCGGUGACUCGGGUCUGGAGGCAGGACAAACUGUGACGCGCCGCCGCCGCUCCUGCCCCACUUACCUCAGCCCGUCCGCCAUGUUCCCAGCAGUUCGAACUGUGACGCCGCCCUCAUCAUUAGAAGAACAGAUUCCGCCGUGUCGCUGCACCUCGCGUUGUGUCUCUAAGUAAAAAGGAAUGUUUUGACUGUGAUGUCCUUCUUCUUAAGCAUAUCCACAUGCCAUUCUGUGAAAUAAAACAAUUAGAGAAGUGCAAUAGAAUAUAUUUUUGUGUGUCGCUAUAAUAAAAAGGGGCCAAAUGAGAUUUGAACACGACUUCAAAGUUUCUUCACCGUAGGUGUGACAAUUAAAGUCGAUGCACUUUCAUGCACGUGUGGAUGGGACUCGAGUUACUGCUUUAACAGCUUUGCACCAUGUAGUUUGAUUUAUGAAAAGUACUGUCAGCAUCCAGCUCCGAUGAAAUAGAUUAAGUGGGUGUCUUUCAAAAAACUAAAUAAACAUGAAGUAUUUGGUAGAAACAUCUUUUCUGAGCUGUACCGAGUACUGCAUGGAUGUGUACCAACUAUAGUACAGUACAGUAUAGUAGGAAUCCCAACACUUGUCCCUUUCAAUCUUUUCAGCCGAGCUUCAUGCAUUGAUAAAAACACACGUUUUUCCAGUCUGUUGUAUUCUGAUUAUAGCCAUUAAACUGAGGUUAUGAAUGCAAACGUAUAACUGAUGAGUUUCUCUUGGGAAAAUGAGCAGUUAAGUUUCAUGGGCUCCUUUCAGUGGAGCAAUACUGACCUCUAGCGUUGGAGGAAUGAAUAUGUGCUUGGAUGCAGAAGUGGUCAUGGUUCACGUUUAAAUAAGAUGAGGAAUGUAAAAAAAUGCACUUUGUGAAUCAUUGAUACUGACUUACAUUCUGUAAAAACAAAAGAUCUGCAAAAUAAAAAAAAUAGCUCAAAACUAGUUUCAAUCAUCACUUAUUCUAGAUGUUAGUAGCUGUCAGACACCUUAUAAUUUAUUAAGUUUCCAAAAAAUGUUGGGAAAGUGAAAUUGUGUAUAGUUCCACCAACAACCUACUAGUUUUAUGACUUAGUUAUGCCAAAUUACAUUAUAUUGGAUAAAGAAUUGUAGAAUAAAAGCUGCCUGAAAAAAGAGCUAUGGACCAUGGGAGCAAAGUGGCUUUAUAAAAAUAUACUCAACCAUGAUGAAAAGAAAUAGAAAAUAGGCCAUUCAUAAAGAGACUAGAGAUUAGAUCAGAUUAGUUCACUCUGUCCAUAAGCGUCAUUGUUAAAGUAAAAUUUAUGUGCCACAUUUUUGAUAAAAAAAUAAACAAACAUGUAGAAUUGUGUUUGUACUGAAAGAACAGCUGCUGCCACUGAAUAAAUUCUAUUAUACAAAAUACACAAAUCAAAUCAAAUAAAAACAUGCACUGUUAGGCUGACCCUAAUUUAACCUGCAAUUAGAUAAAUGACGGAAUAAUACUUUUCAGGAAGAUGUCAAUAAAACCAAGGUGCUUGUGGAGUUAUGUAGGAUGGUGAAGCUAAUCUAUAAACUCCAUAAGGGUGGGUUGACCUCUGCACGUUAAUUAAUGUACACAAAAAGAUCUUUGGGUGAAAAAAUACGGACAUUUAUUUGGAUAUUUUCUUCACCUGGAAGUCACAUUCAUGUUGAAAGCAGUCAAGUGUGGACUAGUGUUAGGUUAAGAGAUCUAACGGUGUGUGUGUGCAUCACAAAAAAAGACUGUUUAUUUCAGAACACAUGUUUAACAUAAUACCAUUGUACCAUUAUGAGACAAUAAGUCUUCAUACAACGUGUGUAUAGAGAAAACCACAACAAACCAGUUUAUUCCUUAUGUGGACUGUCAUGCAGACGAAAAAAAUAACAAAAACCAUCUGAAAUUCUCAGUGCUUUUUAAUGUAUUUGACAAUAUAUUUCCUCUUUUUUAUUGGUAUUACAAACUCCUCCCCCUUAACGCUAAUCCCAUAGCCAUGAUUCCAUAGCUUCACAGAUAAAACCAUCUAACACUGGUCGUAUGCCAACGAUAACGGGCAGGAAGGAAAAAACCCAUUUGGAAGGAAUUUGGUUGAGUCAAACCAAAUAUAGCUUAUCCUUGUGUGUUUGUAUCCGAGCAAAGUGCCAAAAAACAUGAAAAGUUCCAAAAAGUCAUCCGCCCGAUAUGUGGGCUCAACAACGAUGAUUUAAAAAAAAAAGAAAAAAACGGUAGAAAAUAC